ACUUCCUCCAGUUGUCUCCAUUUUUGCUCGCCAUUUCGCUCUCUCUCUCUCUCUCUCUCUCUCUCUCUCUUUUCUCUACAAAACCCCUCUUUUCUCUGUAGUAUUAUAUGCUAGAGUGCCCACUGUGCCCCUGGUGUUCCUCUCCCCCUACCUCUUCCUCCUCCUCUCUCCACCUCAACCCAAUAACAAAGAAGGGUUCCCCUCCAUUAUUCCUCACUUUCUCUCUAUUAUGAGGAGGAGUCCAAUUUGAGAGGGAAAAGGAGGAGGUGAGGAGGAGGGGGAAAAAAAUAUAGAAAAACUGUGCCUUUCUCUCUAAAACCCUAAGCUUUGAAGGGAACAAUGGCCUCAAUCUUUGACUCUGCCGCAUCUAUCCUUCUGUGCGCGGAGGACAACAAAAGCAUCUUGGGUUUUGACGAUGAGGAGGUGGAGAACGCCCGUGGCUAUGGCCAUAGUUGGGUUCUUCGGGAAAGGAGCGAUUUUUAUGGGGGUUUCCUCAUGGAUUUCCCCCUACAAUCCGAUGAAUGCGUGGGUCUCCUUGUUGAGAGGGAGUCCGAGCACAUGCCCCGUGGGGACUAUGUGGGUCGGAUUCUCAGUGGGGCAUUGGACCCCUCUGUAAGACGAGACGCCAUUGAUUGGAUUUGGAAGGUUUGUUCACAUUACAGCUUUGGGCCUCUGACUCUCUAUUUAUCUGUAAAUUACCUGGACAGAUUCCUUUCUGCCUAUGAGCUUCCUAAAGGCAAGGCUUGGAUGACCCAACUGUUAUCCGUCGCAUGCCUAUCCUUAGCUGCAAAGAUGGAGGAAACUGAAGUCCCCCUAUCUUUAGACUUACAGGUGGGCGAGGCGAAGCAUGUGUUUGAAGCUAGGACUAUACAAAGAAUGGAGCUUCUUGUGCUGAGCACCCUCAAGUGGAGGAUGCAAGCUGUGACUCCUUUCUCUUUUAUAGACUACUUCCUUCACGAAUUCAACGGCGGCAACGCACCGUCGAAGAUGUCGGUCUCGCAUUCCGUGGAACUCGUCUUGAGCACACUAGGAGGGACUGAUUUCUUAUCUUUCAAACCUUCGGAAAAGGCCGCGGCUGUCGCUCUCACAGUGCUGGGAGAAUGCCAAUCUGCUGAAGUCGAGAAGGUUGUCGCUAGUUGCGAACAUCUUGACAAGGAGAGAGUGCUAAGGUGUUGUGAACUGAUUCAAGACAUGGUAAUGAUGGGCGUUAAUUUACCGAAAACUGGUAGCCCAGCAGUCCUCUAUGUGCCGCAAAGCCCAAUUGGGGUGUUGGAUGCUGCAUGGCUGAGCUAUAGCAGUGAGGAUUCAAGUGUCGGGUCGCAAGAGACGUCUUAUGAGAGCUCACCAACUAGUAAAAGGAGGAAAAUUAGCCGAUAAUUUAGUGUUUCAUGAUGGAACUGCUUGGUAGUUUUUGGUACUUUCCGACUAAUUCAUUUUGGUUUGGUUUAGCGGGAGCUUUGGUGUGGUUAUGAAUUUACUAAUAAAACGAAACAAAAAAAACUUUGAACCAAAACCCAAAAAAGCAAAAAAAAAAAAAAAAAAAAAAAAAAACAUAAAUAGAUAA